AUGGACGUCGACUCCGACGACCACGCCCGCCACGACAUAGACGCCGACGGCGAGUCCGUCGAUGACGACUCCCAGCACGACAUCCCCCACUCCCACUCGAACCACGCCACCCAUCCCGUGGCUCGCGACUCGGAUGCUGAGGACUCAGGCUACGAGGACCGAGACGACGGCGACGAUGAUCCCGACGAUGACGACGAUGGCGCAUACGCCGACGAGGAGUAUGGCCAGAAGAAGAGGCCCGCGAAAAAGAAGAAACAGCACCGCUCUUCCACCACACCCGCUAUCAGGCCUAAAGCCCCCGUCCGGCACGCUGACUCUUCGGAUUCGGACUCCGAGUACGGGUCCCGUGCCCACAAGAAGAAGAAGAAACCCCGUCCCGCCUCUGACGAGGUCCGCGUAUCCAGCAGAGGCACCAAGGUCCCCAACUACAUCGAUGACGUCCAGGACUUCGAAAAGUUCGAGGAGCAGACAGAAGACAGUGCUGGUUAUUAUGUAGACCCAAAUGUCCAGUAUCAAGAGGAAGACGAGAUUGAAGCUGUCCUCGGUCACAGUCGUGAGGAGGGUAGAGAGGAUGAUCCAGAAGACCUUUGGUUUGAGAAUGUGCGAUUCCACAUCAAGUGGAAGAACUUUUCCCACCUUCACAACACAGACGAGACCUACGAGUUCCUCAAACGCUUCAAGGGCCUCAAGCGGGUCGACAAUUACAUCAAAGCUUAUAAGAUCUGGAAGUCCCGGGUCGCAGCACCUGGCAUCUCGGCAGAGGAGCGCGAGGCACUUCAUCUCGACAAGGAGCGCGAAAAGGAGGAGCUCGAGACCUUCCGCAACGUCGAGCGCAUCGUAUCCCAUCGCGAGUCCCGCGAUGGCGAUAUCGAGUACUUCUGCAAAUGGCAAAACCUCAACUACGACCACUGCACUUGGGAGCUGCAGAAGGACGUCAAUCCAAUCGCGAAGGAACAGAUCGCGGCUUACAGGAAGCGGGAAGCGGAGGCCAAAUUUCCGUACAAGAGCGCAUCUUAUCCCAAAGGUGGUCGGCCAAAGUUCGAGAGGUUGUUGAAGGAUCCGGACUACGUAUCGGCAACGGGAGGCGAGCUCAAGGACUUCCAGCUGACUGGUCUCAAUUGGCUAGCCUUCCUGUGGGGGAAUGGCAUGAAUGGGAUCUUAGCGGACGAGAUGGGUCUUGGAAAGACCGUGCAAACGGUAGCCUUCAUUUCCUAUCUCUUCCAUCAAAUGCACCAAUACGGCCCCUUCCUCGUCAUCGUCCCUCUAUCGACCAUCACCGCCUGGCAGAGCCAGUUUGCAACAUGGGCACCAGAUAUCAACGUCAUUACUUACAUCGGCACGGCCUCUGCCCGAGAGGUCAUCCGGACAUAUGAGUUUGGACAGUCCAACAAGAAGCUCAAGAUGAAUGUCUUGCUGACGACGUAUGAGCUCACAUUGAGAGACGCCAAAGAGCUGGGCGACAUCAAGUGGCAGGCUUUGGCUGUUGAUGAGGCCCAUCGCCUGAAGAACUCCGAGAGUCAGUUGUAUGAAGCUCUUCGAUCUUUCCAUGCUGCUUCCAAGCUCCUCAUUACUGGAACCCCUCUCCAGAACAACGUGAAGGAGUUGUUGUCUUUGAUGCACUUCCUCAUGCCCGAGAAAUUCGCCUUGUCAAACGAGUUCGACCUUACUGACGCUGAUCAUGAGUCGAAGAUCAAGCAGUUGCAUGAGCAGUUGGAGUCGUUGAUGCUCCGGCGGUUGAAGAAGGAUGUCUUAACAUCGCUACCGACGAAGAGCGAGCGCAUCUUGCGCGUGGAAAUGAGCGCCAUGCAAACUCACUUCUACAAGAACAUCCUAACCAAGAACUUCGCCGCUCUCGUGAAGAGCGCGAAUGGUAACAGCAACAUCAGCCUCCUCAACAUCGCAAUGGAGCUCAAGAAGGCCGCCAAUCACCCCUAUCUCUUCGACGGCGCCGAGAUGCAGACCGACACUCGCGAGGAGACGCUCAAGGGUCUUGUCAUGAAUAGCGGCAAGAUGGUCCUCCUCGAUAAGCUCCUGGCGCGGCUGAAACAGGAUGGCCAUCGUGUUCUGAUCUUCAGCCAGAUGGUGCGCAUGCUCGACAUCCUCAGCGACUACAUGCAGCUGCGGGGAUACGCCCAUCAGCGCCUAGACGGCAUGGUUGCGUCCGAGUCUCGCAAGAAGUCUAUUGCGCACUUCAAUGCGCCAGGAUCACAGGACUUUGCGUUCCUGCUAUCUACGCGUGCAGGCGGGCUCGGGAUCAAUCUAGAAACGGCCGACACCGUGAUCAUCUUUGAUAGCGACUGGAAUCCUCAGAAUGAUCUCCAGGCGAUGGCUCGUGCCCACCGGAUUGGACAGAAGUCGCAUGUCAAUGUGUACCGUUUUGUCAGCAAAGACACGAUGGAGGAGGACGUUUUAGAGAGAGCAAAGAAGAAGAUGGUGUUGGAGUAUGCCAUUAUCAACCAGAUGGACACGUCGCAAGCCCAUCUUAGCUCCAAGCCAUCUGCUUCGAAAGAUGCUCAAAAGCCCGAUAACCUCAGUAAAGACGAGUUAACGGCAGUUUUAAAGUAUGGUGCUCAGAAAAUGUUCGAUAAGGAUGAUUCUACACAGAGCAAGAAGCUUGACGAGAUGGAUCUGGACGACAUCUUGAGCAGAGCAGAGGAUCACGAGACAACCCAGACAGGCGAGGGUGUUGGCGCUUCUCUCGGUGGCGAGAACUUCCUUGCGCAGUUCGCUGCUGUCAGCGACGUCAAGAAUGACAUGAACUGGGAGGAUAUCAUCCCCCUUGACGAGCGUCAGCGUUUCGAGGCUGAUGAGGAGGAUCGCCGGCAUGAGGAGACGAUGGCGCAGGAGUCACGUAAACGGAACCAUACGCAAGUGUCAUACGAGGGGAUGGAUGCCGAAAACCCAGCACCUGCAGCGGCGAAGAAGCCCAAGGCUCCUGGUCCUCAAAGAAAGACGGCAAGUCAGAAGGCGAUGGAACUGAAGGAGCGGGACGUUCGUGUCCUCAUCAGGAGUUUGCAGCGGUGGGGUGACAUUAGGCAGCGAUAUGAUGUUAUUGUUGCUGAGGCAAAACUGCAGGACAAGAACAAGGGCAUGAUUCUGGACGUCUCGGACGACAUUAUUGAGAUAUGUUCACAAGCCGUCAAGGACAGUGAAGAGCAGAAGCGACUGCGGGUGGCAUCGGGAGAAACCCUGACGAAUGCGCAAAAGAGUAAAGCCGUCCUUGUGACCUGCCGAGGUGUAGGUAACAUCAACGCGGAGACCGUGCUCUCUCGACACCGCGACCUCCGCAUCCUUUACAACAUUCUUUCAGAGCUCGAUGAUCCCUACAAGUGGGUCAUUCCCAUAGACAACAUCCGGCCAACUCUCAACUGGUCAGGUCGAUGGGGGCCCCAGGAUGAUUCGAUGCUCCUGGUGGGUGCCUACUUGUACGGCUUCGGCAAUUGGGAGGCGAUGGCCAAGGACCCAAAACUUGGCCUCGAGGGCAAGUUUUUCCUGGAAGAGGGCAAGAAGGGUGAAGAUGCAGCAAGCAGGCCCAUCCCGAACGCUAUCCACCUCGUGCGGCGGGGUGAUUUCCUGUUGAGCAUCUUGCAAGAGCAUGACGAGAAGCUACGUUCGUAUGAAAGUUCGUUGAGACAUAAGGGUCAGCUGAAGGUGUCUACUUCUCCACCUCCCACAGCCAUGGCCUCGACAUCGUCACAUGCCAGCAGUUUGAAGCGACGUGCAGAGAGCGAGGCAAUGGCGUCGAUAGAUGAUGGGAGUUCGAGAAAACGGAAGCGCAGGCCAACACCAACGUUUACGGAUUCAGAGUCGUCGGAUGAAUGUCCUUCCAUGGAUGAAGCUGCGACGAAGGAGGAGCUGCGACCUGUCAAGAAGCAACUGAAACAACUGAAGCUGUCUGGCGAGGACAUGCCCCGAGAUGAUAAAGUUGCGAUCCUGAAAGACUCCCUGGCUGCAAUCGGACGCCGUAUAGAGCUGGUUUUGAACGCGAAGGAGGCUGCUGGAGAGGAUCGCGAUCGGUGGCGAAGACACCUGUGGACAUUUGUCACGCUCUUCUGGCCGAAGAAGGUGAAAGCCAGCAAGUUGGAGGAGAUUCAUGCGAAGAUGGUCAUGAAGGAGGCUGCACCAAGACAGCAGGUUGAUCCAAAUGCCGCAAAAAAGCAGCGACUUCUUGGAGGAGUGAAAGCCAACGGCUCAUCCUCAGUGCCAUCAUCAUCAUCUAUUAGAACGAACGGCAAGUCGCAUCGAUGA